AUGAAUGUUUAUAAGUAAAUUUAGAAAACUACUUUCUUGGAAGAUCGCUAAGUUUUAUUAAGGCUGAUGGUUUAUUGAUAAUGUGUCAGGAAGUCUAUUUUUUUCCAUUUCGAUUAAUAAAAAAAAACACUUUCUAAAUUUUUAAUACUAGUACCCUAUGCAAUUUUUUCUGGAUUUACCGGGAAGAAAGGCGCAAGCAAUGUCAAAAAAUAUGAAAUUCAAGGAUGUAAAAUUACUACUGAAGACGUGAUUGAUACGCGUAUAAUGAACAGAACAAGGACAGCAGUAAAUAAAAUAGCCAAACCCACUAAUGUUGACCAGAGGAAAUUGGAUCAUUGGAUCCUAACUAAAUAUUUUUUCUCUGAAAUUGUCAACGUAGAGUUUAUUGUUUUGUAGUUUAUAUUGUCAACCAGCGCUAGAGAUGGGCUCAACUUUUGGGAUGCGAUGAAACAGCUAGAUGAGAUGAAUCGGAAAAUUUUACAACAAAGAUCUCAUAACCAAACAGAUGAUACAGUAGCAGAGGUUUCAUCUAAAACGGAGCCACCAGAACCAACACUGCCAUAUUCAAAGCAUGUGGACUUUGACAAUAAAGUAACAACUGAGUCACCUACAGUUCAUGACAGUACACAAGCGGAACAUUUUAGCACGCGACCAACGACAGAACACGGAUCAACAGCCACCAGACAAAGCGAAGAAAUAAAAACUUCUACGAGGAACGAAUCUUCUAGUCUGCCACACAUACCGUUAAGUACGUACUCCAAAAUAAAACCAGAUAUGCUAAGUACACAGGCCAACUCUUUGCGUAAUACUAACGCGAAAAAAAUAACUGUUACUAGCAUGGAUGAAAAAGUUGCUCGUGAUAUAUUUCUGUAUUCUGGUGUUGCAUGUGGUGCGGUUUUAGCAUGUAUUUGUAUUUUAAUAAUGGUGAUACUUCGUCGCAAAAGAAUGGAAAGUCACAAAGAAAAACAUUUAGAAAAAAGAUUUUCUGCAACUGACCAAAGAACAUAUAAGGACACUAAGAUUUUUGUGAUGAGCAAAACAGGAAAGGGAGACAAUAUUGUAAAUUCUUUCGACGCAAUACCAACUAAUACUAAUUUGUGGAAAGAAUUACAGAGCAGCACACCUAACGUAUUUUGAUAUGGAGAAGGUUAAGUUGUGCUGUCAUCCAAAGCAGAAAAACAAAGAAUAUGUCAAAUAAUCGUCUUUUUUAAUGAUUAGCCUACUAUGCUGUCGUUGAUGUGGAGCAAACAAAUAUUCCAAGUGAUCAUCCUCUAUAGAUCACUUUACGAUAUUGGUUUCAUUCAUUAUUGAAGACCGUGUUGGGCCUUAUUAUAUAGUUGUUUACAUCAACAUGUGAUUUUACAUUUAUUUCAUGAUUUUAACAGUUUCGAGUCAUGAUUUAAACUUUUUGUGGUCGGUAGAAUGAACUAAUUUUACAGGCUGGUCUUAGUUUAAUUAAUACUCAAAGUAAUAAGUGUGAUGUUAGAAAAUUGUGCAGGAACCUUAGUAUAAAUCCUUACUUAUUUUUAAUUUUGUUUUUUUAAUCCAUGCUCGUUAUUGUAUUCAAUGUGUACUGAAACGUUUUUAUUGACUGUUUUAUAUGAUUUUUUAUUACAAUUGUUAUCGAUAUAAAAGCUUAUAUAUAUUUAAAACUGUUAAAAAUGUUUAUU